GUAGUCAUGAUGGUCAAUGCUAAGAAGGUCUGUGUUAUUGGGGCCGGAGUGAGCGGCCUGUCUGCAGUCAAAUCGUGUUUGGAGGAAGGUCUUCAACCAACCUGUUAUGAGCAGCACGACGAUUUGGGUGGGAUCUGGCGCUACAGUGAGGACCCUCGCCCAAACCAGGGAGCCGCCAUGUUCAAGUCUGUGGUCGCGAACAUCAGUAAGAGCAUGCUCUGCUACAGCGACUUUCCCUUCCCAGAGGACGCGCCCAUGUACCCAACUCAUGACAGGCAUCAUGAGACCUUCGAUGCUGUCAUAUUAUCGAAUGGAUCGGCUUUUGCACGUCCGGUGAACCCGGAUGUCCCUGGGUACGAGACUUUCAAAGGCGCGAAGCUCCACAGCUCUCAAUACCGGACCAACAAGCCAUUCGAGGGCAAGAAAGUGUUGAUAGUCGGGUCUGGCAACACUGCGUUUGACCUGGCUGUUGAUGUGUGCCGCGUAGCGACUCAGGUUGAUCUGGCCCUCCUGAAGGGCACAUGGGUGGUGCCACGUCUGCACAAGAAAGGAACACCUCUCGAUGAGCACGCCUUCCGCCGCGUGUACUCAGACAUCCCACUGUCAUGGCUGAACGACAUGCUGAAAGGUUUUUCAAACAACCGAUUCGACAACGACAAGUACGGAGUUGCGGGGACAGCUCAGCCUAUUACACAAACAGUCCUCACGAUCAAUGACGACAUUGGGCUGUGUCUGGCGUCUCGUAAAGUCGCCAUCAAGCCUCAGCUUGUGGAGCUGUCUGCCAGCUCUGCACGUUUUGCUGACGGUACAACAGUUGACGAUGUUGACGCUGUGAUCUUCGCAACCGGCUAUGCCCUCCGCUGCAGUUUCCUCGAUCAUGAGCUUGAAGCUGAUAUCAGGAAGCUGGACCUCUACAAGCUGGUGUUCCCCACCAGGCUGAAGCACAACACCCUGGCGCUGGUCGGGGCCGGACAGAGCAACGGACCGCUCUUUCCUCUGAUGGAACUACAGUCACGUUGGGCUGCCGCGGUUUUCAAGGGUGUCCACAAACUACCGGAUGGCAACAAAAUGCAAGAACAUACUGACGCCUACAAAGACAUGAUGCUUGCAAUAUUUGGACGCCUCAAACCUAGUACAAACAACGUGGUGUACCGCGACGACCUUGCGGCAGAGAUCAGCGCGAAGCCCAACAUCCUGCGGCUGUUCCUGACAGACCCCGCGAUGGCCUACAUGUACUACUUCGGCCCGGCCUACCCGUUUCAUCACCGUCUAGUGGGCCCGAACAGCUGGACCGGUGCAGUCUCCGCCGCCAAACACGCGUACUACAACACGUUCAGCGGCGUGGGGUCCAGCUUCACGCCCAGGGACACCGGCUCGGUCUGGUUCAGCACCAAGAUGAUGGUCACCUGUGUGAUCGUUGGCGUGAUCUGUGCCAUAGUCACCAUGGCUCGGCUGUGAUUUGUGUGAUAGGCCAUGCUGAC